AAGCAAUUAUCUAAUAAGAUAUUAAUUGGAUUAAACCAAAGUUCUUGAUUUUUUACGACAACUGGAUUGUCAAAGAUAGUCUUUCUGAUUAUUAAUGAAUAUUAAUUGCGUUCGAAGUUUCCAAAUUGUAUCACGAAAUUCAAUUCGAUUGAAUCUUUUUGAUCGAUAAGUUAAUUGAGCCGAAUAAAAAAAAAUGAGGGGAGCUAAUCAGGAUACGGCGACACCGUAUUGUCGCUGUAGAGUACUCUAUUUGGGUAGUUCAGUACCUCACGCGAGCAAAGAGGGACUCCUGGGCGUUCAGGAGCCUCUGAGAGAACUUUAUCCCGAGCAGGGUGCAUUGGGUGCGCGUGGAAUUGACUCUUGGCUAAGUGUUUGGAGCAAUGGCUUACUCUUGGAGAAUGUUGACGAACAUCGCAAAAAAAUUACGCGAUUCUUCCCUAUCGAAGCGCUUCACUAUUGUGCGGCGGUUAGACAUGUCAAAGGUGGAAACGCAGAUACAUCCAAUACACGUUUUCUGCCGUUGGAUUCGCCGUUCGCGCGGACGCCCAGCGCGAAUCAUCCACCCCUGUUCGCCGCCGUCCUGCGAAGAACGACCGGCAUUAAAGUUCUCGAGUGUCAUGCGUUCAUCUGCAAACGGGAUAUGGCGGCCAAUGCCCUGGUAAGGUGUUGCUUUCACGCUUAUGCCGAUAGCAGCUACGCGAAAGGCCUGGAACCAUCAUCGGCGACAACGAACGGGGUCGCGACUGGUCAUCAAUCGAACAACAGUCUCUAUCACACUCUAGGCGGCUCGAGCACCACUCUGGAUAGUCCUCAAACGACCCGCUUAGAUACAGCUUCGACCGACGACUUCAGUCUGUAUAAUGGCGACGAAAAUCAUAAAGUUUGGGCCAGGGGUCGCGACGAAGUCGAUGGUCUUUAUCAGGAACAGGGCACCCUGCGAAGCACGAAGGGAUCCAGACCACGCCAGUUGGUUGCCCCACCGCCGCCACCACCACCCCCGCCUCCACCCGCUCAACCGUUGUUGCUGGAGGAAACCUCUUCCGCGCGAAGAAAAACUAAUAAGAAGCUGAAAAAAAUGAAGACUCGUUCAUUGCACGAGGACGCAUUGCAACAGCAACAACAACAACAGCAGCUCCUCCAUCAUCAGCUACAUCAAGGCGUGUAUGCCAACGGCCACGGACAUCACACUCUGGGUCAUCCUAUCAGGCAGCAACAUUACCAUCAUCAUCCACUACCACCCAGCAGUCGAUCCGUCGCCGGUACUUUGGCUAGACCAGCGCCGAUGUAUUUGGUACCAGCAGCCACCUUGCCACGAAAGAGUCAUCAUCCACGUUUAAGACCCAUUCCGGCAGCAGCACCAAUAGUCCCAGUCUACGCUCCUUUGCCGGUGGUACCGCCGACCGCAGCACCAAUUUAUCCACCGGUCACGUACGGUACCGCAGGAAACAGAGGCAGACGACACCCGGAGGCGGAUAACUCCACCUUGGGCACAUCUAGAAGGUUAGCUGCCUCUCAUGCAGAUCUCACCGCGCCGGAAAUCACUCGGCAGGCGGAUAGUCCGGAAAACGAGUCCCGUUUUGGUACCGGCAUAUAUCGACGGAAGGGUCAUCUGAACGAGAGAGCCUUUUCUUACAGCAUUCGGGCGGAACAUCGUAGCAGAAGCCAUGGCAGUCUAGCCUCUUUGGGCUUCAGCGCGCAGAACGGCAAUGCGCUACCAAAGGAGGAGAAGAAGGAUCGUGAGAUCGCCCAGUUGGUUGCUGGAUUGAAUCUCAACGAUGGAUCAGAACGGACGCAGCCUCCAAAUUCGAGAGGAGGAUAUCAUCAUCACCAACAGCAACAGAUUCAACCGUUGCCUAGGCCAAGACCCCGUUAGAAUCGCUUCUUUGAGACUAGUCUCUUGCAGUGUCAUGCUGUCUGAAGCUUUUUAGGUGGUUCAGAGCGAUUUCUGGAUAGUUUUUAUAGAAGAAAAUACUUUAAAGAGUGCGAAGCAUUUUUACAGUUAAAUUGAUAUCAAAUUGAUUCACCUUCUUUAUCAGACAUCAUGAUCAUAAAUUCAAUUACUAAUGAUAUGCUAUUUUUCACUAUAUUAAAACAAACACAUUUAUGAUAACAGAUAAAUAUGGUGUCUUUGAACGUCAAUCCAGCUGCCAAUAAUGAAAACAUUAUAUAAUGAAUAAUUAAUAACUAUCGUCCGAUCGAUAAAACUUCGUGCAAUCUUCUCUUCUUUUAUCAAUGAUGUUACGGCUAGACAAUUGUUCAAAAUGAAUUUUGCUUUUUCCGGUCGAUCGCGUUGAUGCAAGCGACUUUGUCUGGGUUAACAAACAUCUUCUUGCAGCUUGCUUCCCCAAGCGUAACAUCGGCGCUACAGUUACGAGCGAUUUCACGUUCCGUUGUCAUGUCACGUGGAAAAAGACUGCAUUGCAAAACAUUGCAAUUCCGACUCUCCGUAGCAAGUUUUACUUAACGGUAUUACAUACCAGCAGAUGUAUUUU